CUUGUGUGCUGUGGACAAGGGGGUGCAUGGGUGAAACAUGGCCGCCGUAGACCCAUCGAAGUCUCCAAAACGACAGAAAACCCCUGCGGAGGAGGUGGAAACAUCUGGGGAAAAGGCCGAGGCGGCGGAGUCGGGAUACAGCACAAACCAGAAAGAUGAGCCAACAUGUGAUAAAAUCGGGGGUAGUCCCAAGAAUGAGCACAGAGACGGUGUUGGCAGCGACAGCGGUGGUGUUGCCAGCCAUUCUGAGGUUAGUGUCGAGUCCGGUGCUGGAGCAGACAAAACGACAUGCAUUUUACCGGAGGACCUAACGGCGUCUGGAAAGAUGGCCGAGGCCCCUGGAAGCGAGCAGCGGGUUUUCGACUGGUCAGAGGCUGAAGACGAUGUCGAGACGCCGAAAACACACACGGAGGAAAAUGAUAAGUGUGACCAAGAAGAUGUUAAUGUGACUGCUGAAGAGGUGAAGAAGGAAAAGCAAGUUGAUGACAACAUUACUGAAGAUGCAGAAGUGGCCAAUGAGGGGGGAGACUCACAUUGUGAUGAGAAAAGUGCAGAGAAGUCCCCACCUGCAGAUCUUACAGGAGAAACUGAUGGUGUAGAGGAGAUGGUUGAGGAUGAAGAAGAGGCAGAGCGAGUCGAGGAUGCUGAUCCAACAAUUAAACAGAAAAAGUGUCGUUUGGUGUGCAAGGAAUGUGGAAAGAAGUUCAACCGUCGUGAGACUUUCAACCUUCACCGCCACUUUCACGCACACGAGGAUGAGCUCACACCCCUCACCUGCAAAGAAUGCGGCCUUACCUUCCAGCACCGCAGCAGCCUGAUCAAACACAGAAAUGAACACAAAGAGAAGGAGGAGCAGCUUUUGAAUUUAAAGAAGGAGGUGCAAACAAAGGAGGAGGGUAGAUUUCAGUGCGCAGAGUGUCAGCGGAUCUUCUUUGCAGUCGAUAAGCUGAGGGACCACAACUGCAGUAAUACAGUAGAAAAGCCUUACCACUGCCCCCUGUGCCGCCAAGAAUUCCAGUUCAAAGUGUCUGUCACUAAGCACAUGAUGUCUCAUUCCCAGGAGAGCGGCUUCACCUGCCAAGAGUGCAAUCAGACUUUCCCAAGCACCGUGGCCCUACACUUCCACCAGAGAAGCCACACUGCUCUCAAACCCUACGAGUGCCCAGAGUGUGGCAUGGUUUUCAAACACUACUCCGUCAUGGAAGACCACCGUCGCAAGCACACAGACAACAGUCGCUCUCAUCUGUGCAACAUCUGUGGGAAAACUUUCAAGUACAGCAGCCUCCUCCAUCAACACCAGUAUCUGCACACAGGCCAGAAGCCCUUCCGCUGCCCUGAAUGUGGCAAAAAAUUUGCUUUUGCACAGAACAUGAAGGCGCACUGCCGUCAACAUAGGCUAGGUGAAACCAACUCUGUCAGUGAGCCGCCCAGCAAACAGGCCCCUGCCCCUGGACAAGACGUGGUUAAAAAAGCGGGGAAAGAGAACGCACAACAGAGUGAGGAACCAAAACGCACAUUCAACUGCCCUCUCUGUCCCCAGACCUUCUCUGUACCAGCCAAGUUGAGAGCCCACAUGCUUAUUCAUGAGGCAGAGUAUGAGAAGCUGGAGAGAACGCCUCAAACCCAGAGGGAUGCGAACAAGUACUGGGAAAAAGGACACACCUGCCCACACUGUCCUAGUAUUUAUCGUGAUGAGUCUAGUUUAAAAGUACACUUAUUAAGCGUCCACAAGACAACCACACAAUAUUUAGAAAAGUUUGCAGAGCCACCUAAACAGCAGUUUACUCCAUUAGCUACUGAUAAUGUGCAGGGGAAGUGGAAGAACGAAAGCCUAAGUAUUAAGUCGUAUAAGUGUUCAGAGUGCGGCAAAACAUUCCGCCAUCGCUCAGUGUUAGAGUUGCAUAUGCGCAUACAUUCCAAGGACAAGCCUUAUCAGUGUAAAGUGUGUGGCAAGGGCUUCAGAUUCAGCAGCUACCUGCAGCAACAUCUCAUCAUCCACACCGGUAAGAAGCCAUAUAAAUGUCCAGAUUGUGGAAAAGAAUUUGCCUUCCUGCAGAACAUGAGGACGCAUCAAAAGCUACACCAGGAAAAGCCGUUCCGCUGCACCAGCUGUCGCAAAGGCUACAGUGAUGAAACCCAGCUGCAGCAACAUAUGUUAUCACAUAACGGUGACAAACCUCAUAAGUGUAACCUGUGUGACAAAAGCUUUGGGUUAGCUUAUUUGCUCCGUGAUCACAUGAACACGCACACAGGGGAGAGGCCUCAUCGUUGUGAUGAGUGCCACAAAACCUUUUCCUGGUUUAGCAGCCUAUUAGUUCACCAGAAGAUCCACACUCGCAAGAAACCGCAUUCCAGCCAAUACAAUAUUUUCCCUGUUGGGGCGAGAAUGAGAGGCAGGGGUAAGAGAGGAGGGAGGUUAGUGUGGGGCUGGUCUAGACCUUUAGGGGGUUCGGGGAUGGUUAGUCAUCAGCAGCCUCUGUAUCCUCUCUCUCCAUUGAGGGAUGCUGAUUUGCACAGAAGGGUACCACAGCCGCCGUCUUCCAUGCUCCCGAAUCGCAUGGAUUUACAAAGCAGGCAGCAGAAGGAGCCAUGGCUGUCUGAGCCACAUGCUCAGCCAGUGCAGUGGAAGGUGGACGGUGGAGAGGUGAUGCCUGUCCCAUCCACAGGGCAACACAGAGCUCCACAGCAGACUCAGUUUGACAGCCCAACACCGGCAGGGCUGCAACAGCACCAUCAGAGAAGUCCGGGCUGGGCAGACAUCCCUCUGUUAACUCAGUCAGGCCCCACUUCAGCUCAAAGCUCAGAUGCACACAUGAAAGAGGGGGGGUCCUCCGUUGUCAGCUCUCACCCAGUAAAUGUGCCAAAAAAAUCUAGCCCUUCAUCCGUGAGUGAGAUGGUGCAGCUCAGGCAGCACAAGCCUGCCACUUGGAGCAGCAGCCCCACCUCCACAGUGCUAGCUUCCACGAGCUCCGUACAGCACGACUUCUCCAUUCCCUCCUCGUACAUGGAUGGUGCAGCACUGUGGAGCAUCAGGCCCGCUCCACUAGCAAACUCUCAUAGCUCUCCGAAUAAGCUCGUGCAAGAGCUUCAGCUGCCUAGAUGGGCCGGUGUCCCACUGUCAUCACAAAAAGAGCCAUCCACACCUCCCAAGAAAGAGGACAGGGUGUGGGACAUGAGUACUUCACAAGUUUUGUCUUCGACUGUUAUUCAGCCAGAGAAGCCAUGGAACGGCUGUGAGCCAAAAAAGCCGUGGGCUUCAGGCUUAACAGGUGUGUCCACCUCAGCUCAAAUAGACCAAAGCAGUGCUAUGCCAAUUUCAACUCCUGUUUCUCACGGGGUUGGUAACACCUUGUGGGACAUUCAAGCACCUCCAGGGAUUCCAAAGACUAUAAACUCAACAGAGAAAUUAGUAAAUAACCAAGAUUUUCAACUGCAGCAAAAGCAGGUGUCACCCAGAUGGGGCAGUGUGCCGACAGCCACGCAGAAAGUUCCCAUCUCCAUCCAAUACGAACCUCAUCGUUUUGGCCAGGGGAUGGGAACUCCAGUAUGGGGCUUCCAAAAUAAUCCUGUGGGUCCUCAGGCGCUGCUCUCUGGGCAGCUUAAACCGGGCAGUGGACAGGAGCUGCAGCAGCAACCUAUGGUAACAGGCACUCAAAUAAUUAUAAAUCAGCCUUCUCCUUUUUUCUCACCUCCACUUGCUCCGCUCCCUCUUGCUUUGCCUGGCCCUCACCCUCUUCACUCUGUCGCAGUUGGCGCACUUCCAAGACCUCCACACCCAAAUAUUUUUUUCACACCACAGGCAGUCAUGAGCGAGAGGACACACAUGCCACAGACCCUGUCCCUACCUCAACUUGCCCCGCAGUCUGAACCUCACAAACUUGGAUCCCGUUUGCCUUUUGCCCCAGAACGGCUUCUCCAGUGCAUGAUAUGUGGAUGCUCUCUUCCUCGAGAGCUGGAUCUACAAAUGCAUUACUUGCAACAUGCACAAGGGGAGAUAUGACAUUUCUACACUAGUAACAAAACUUUUAUGUUUUUAUAGUUUUUACUCUGUAAAACCUCAUUUGUUUGACACCAUGUUGUGCAGAUGUACCAGCUGAGUGGAUGGGCAUUAAACAUAAAAAGAUAAAGGUGAAACUUGAGUUAGUUUGCACUUUUCAUUUUAAGAAUUUGAGCUGCAAAUAUGACUGUUCAGUGUGUUUUGAAAUGGAGGGUGUACACACGUGCCGUUAAACUUGUUUCACUAUCUUUUAAAUGCAUUUAAGUUUUCCAGAUGGGGUGCAGAUUAAUGAGGUUCUACAGGCUAUGUCUCAUUUAUUGCCAAUGACAUUUAGAUUUAGAUAAUAUUAGUACUUUUAUAGUUCCGUUCAUAUGUCUUGAACCAUUUGUACUGUGUUUCUUCAUGUACAGUAUACUGUGUGCCUUUUAUGAGUACAGUCUGCAUGUCUGCUGUCUUGGUAUUCUAGGCCCUAGUUUGUGCUUGAGGUAGACUCAACAAUGUGACCUCACUCCCAAAAAAGAAGAACAAAUAUUUAGAAGAUACUGUAAAGAAAUGUAAGUUUUUGCUUUUGGAGAGGUAAUGGAGGUUGCUGCGCUCACAGUUUAUGUUUGUCAGAACAUAGAAAAGCUGUCCACAUGCAACAAUAAUUGCGCUAGAUAGCACUUGUACUCAUAGGGCCAUGGGCUGGGUCCAAAUAUCUCACCAGACAAGCUGUCAUCUUGGUUAUUUGGUCAAAACAACAGUAUCUGUAAACAAAAUAUAAGGUGACCAUCCAUUCACAAUACGAGUUUUCUGUAAGUUAUUCUUGGGUGAUUAUUUUUAACAGAUAGAUUUGGCACCAUUGCAUAAUUAUUAAUGACACUGUUAAGUAGUGAAUUUUGUAAUAAACUAAACUUGGACUUA